UUGGACAAAGAUUCCGUACCCGCUCGAGUCACUCUUGGGGUGACAACGCUUCUUACAAUGACUACCCAGGCAUCAGGUGUGAAUGCCAAUCUGCCCCCUGUCAGCUAUACUAAAGCAAUUGAUAUAUGGAUUGGUGUAUGUUUAGCGUUCAUUUUUGGAGCAUUGCUAGAGUUUGCGCUCGUAAAUUGGGCAGCUCGGCAGGAUCUUGCUAUGCACGCUAAUAGAGCCCGUCAGCAACAAAGCUUGCAUAUGUUUUUUAGGUAG